AGUGAGUGACAAAUCCACUUCAUUCCUCCAACAGACACCAAGUGUUGAGACCCUGUCCCAACCUCCUACAGACCAAGAAGUGAGUGACAAAUCCACUUCAUUCCUCCAACAGACACCAAGUGUUGAGACCCUGUCCCAACCUCCUACAGACCAAGAAGCCAGACAAAAAUCUCGAGUUCUCACCUUUCACCAGACAGCUACCUCAGAGCAGAUCUCUACUGAUGAAUUCUCAGAUUGUACGGAUUAUGAAGAUAAAGACUAUUUCCCAGAUUCAUGUGGCAGUUCCUCUGACACAAGUCUCCAUAGUGUGGACAUGAAAAUCACAGAAUCUGUGGUUCCCCAAAAUACGUUAAAUGACAUGGCAUUGGAGACGGCUUCAGGACACAGUGGGAAGAUCACCAGUUCAGAGAAACCUACAACAUUUAAUUUGUCACUGAGAAGUAGCAGUCACAGUACUUCGGUAACAAGCCGCAGUUUUGAUUCAUCAGGGGUCACAUCACCUAAAAACAGCUCCAUAAAAGUCCUACCUUUGCCAAACACGGAAAGACAAAGCAAGUACAACAAGAAGCAAUACUGUCUAUAUUGUAAAAAGGCCAUUGCUAAAUUGGCAAGACACCUUGAAUCUGCCCACGGUAAUGUGCCGGAAGUUGCAAGCGCCUUCAGUUAUGAUAAAAGAUCCUGCAAAAGAAGAGAUUUGUUGCGCUCUAUUAAGAAGAGGGGAAACUUUAACCAUAAUGCUACUGUGGCAACUUCUGGUGCUGGAGAAAUGGUUGCUUGUCGAAGACCCACUACUGCAACAGGAUCUGAGGACUACCGUCAUUGUAAAUUUUGUCAAGGACUAUAUGCAAGAAAUUGCCUUUGGAGGCAUGUGAGAAGGUGCCCUCAGAGGUUUAAUGAGGAAGCUCCCUCUGGGCAAAGACGGAUGCAUCUGCAAUUACCGAAACCUGAUCAAGUUCAUGAAGCUGUAUGGAAGAUUGCUUGUGAAAUGAAUCAGGAUGACAUUUCCUUUGUAGUAACGAGUGAAAGAGACAUUCUUAGCCUUGGUGAGUCACUGUACAAUGGCAGAAAACCAAAUGAGAAAAGGAAUGAUUACAUACGCCAAAAAAUGAGAGAGAUCGCAAGGUUAUUGAUAACCGCCAGAGCUAUGACACCUUUGAAGAGCACAGAAGACCUUGUUAUGCCUACUAACUUUCCCCAUGUCAUACAAGCAGUCAGAGCUGUUGCUGGUUAUGAGCAGGAGAGCAACUCAUAUAAAACCCCAUCCUUGGCUUUGAAAUUGGGACACAGUUUGGCUAAAGUUGCAAGCAUUGUGCAGUGUAAAGCCAUCAUUGCAAAUCGCUAUGAUGUUGCAGAGUCAGCCAAGCAGUUUGCCACUCUGUAUGAAAAAAAGUGGUCAGAGUCCAUUUCAGCUGCUGCAUUGGGCACACUUCAACAAGCCAAAUGGAAUAAACCACAGAUUUUGCCAUUUACACAGGAUGUGUCACUGCUGCAUACGUUUCUUGCUACCAAGUCCGCAAUGUACAUGAAGGACCUUGAGGAAAAACCCAACAGCACAACCUUCGGAAAUCUUGCUCAAGUGACUUUGACGCAGGUAGUGCUAUUUAACAGAAAAAGGCAAGGAGAAGUUUCAAAAAUGGAGCUCCAGGUUUUUACAUCCCGGAAUCGCACAGAGUUGAAUCCUGACAUUAUGAUCGGCCUAACUGAGUUUGAAAGGAAACUUGCAAAGCACUUUGACAGAGUUGAGAUUCGUGGUAAAAGAUCAAGAAUGGUACCUGUGCUUCUCACACCUGACAUGAUCACUGCAAUGGAGCUCCUCGCAAAAGCCAGAAGUGAGUGUCAAGUCCACACAGAGAAUGUGUACUUGUUUGCACGCCCAGGUGUCCUUUCCCAUUACAGAGGCUCUGACUGCUUUCGCAAGUAUGCAAAUAAAUGUGGUGCAAAGUACCCAGAGGCCCUUACCUCAACAAGAUUGCGGAAACAAGUUGCCACUUUGUCCACAGUACUAAAUCUAAAAGAAAAUGAAAUGGAUCAACUUGCCACCUUUCUCGGACACGACAUCCGUGUCCAUCGAGAAUUCUACCGGCUUCCAGAGAGUACCCUGCAGCUUGCAAAAGUCAGCAAACUGUUGAUUGCAAUGGAGAAAGGAAAACUGUCUGACCUGCAGGGGAAAGGGCUGGAUGACAUCGUGAUCAAUCCUGAUGAUGAAGCAGUUACAAGUGAUGAUGAUUCCAGUGGAGAAACCAUCACUGACCCUCAACAACACAAAGGCUCAAGGACCAAGAAUUCUGGGAACCAAAGCCACACACUUUACUCAGCUUCCCUGGACAAUAUGGAGGGCGCUUCUGCCUCAACCACCCUGGACAAUAUGGAGGGCGCUUCUGCCUCAACCACCCUGGACAAUAUAGAGGGCGCUUCUGCCUCAACCACCCUGGACAAUAUGGAGGGCGCAUCUGCCUCAACCACCCUGGACAACAUGGAGGGCGCAUCUGCCUCAACCACCCUGGACAACAUGGAGGGCGCUUCUGCCUCAACCACCCUGGACAAUAUGGAGAGCGCUUCUGCCUCAACCACCCUGGACAGCAAAAACAUCAGCAACACUGCACCAGGAAAGGGUAAAGAUGGGCAGAGUGUCACAGAAGAGAAGGAAGGAAGCGAGGAGGAGGAGAAGGAGGGGAAGGGAAGGGAAGAGGGGGGUAUGCACUAUGCAAAGCAGGGCCUCAGUAGCCAAAGUCGGCAGGCUGAGAUGAGACGGCGGGUGACAUCGGGUGGGCCGGUGUCACCGCCUAUCUCCGCAACUCCGGUUCAUCGGCUGAGGCUCAUCGCUAGGAUGAGUGAGAAGAAGCUGGGAGCAGGAAAAUAG